AGUUCGGAGGAGAGACAUUUCCUUCACCCUGAAAGUUGUGCGUCUUAACCUUAUGAAUGCAACUGUCGUGUGAUUGCGAUGACUUAGUGUGAGGUUGUCGCACAAGCGUUGAAAGUAAAUGAUCUUUUUCCAGAUAAAUCAUUAGAAUCUAAAAGGUGCGUUUUCGGAAUUUCAGCAUUUAUGUGAAUUCUAAUCAAACAAGAUGGCCCUAGAUCAAUUUUGUACUCGUAAAACACCGUUCUACUCUUAUGUUCGAGUACCCCAGCGAUAUGUAUUCGCUAUUUUGGGAUUUUCAUGCAUGGUUGCAGCAUUUGCCAUGCGCUCUUGUUUCAACAUUGCAAUUGUUCAGAUGGUGCGUCCUGUCUUGCAGAAAACGGCUCAAAACACGUCUAAGAUUGAUAUGACAUGCCCCAUGCCUGAUCAAGGGAAUAUAACAUUCGUUCCUACCGCUAAGUUUUUCCAGGAAUAUUUUAACUGGAAUGAACGAACCCAGGGGAUUAUCCUAUCAUCAUUCUACCCCGGGUAUAUCCUAACCCAGCUUCCCGGCAGCAUACUAGCGCAACGAUUCGGCGGCAAACACACACUAGGAAUCGGAUUGCUCGUGACGUCUGUUCUCACUCUCGCUAUACCGUGGGCCGCUAAACAAGGGCCCAACUAUUUGAUUGCAGUACGAUUUAUUCAAGGAGUUGGAGAGGGGGCUAAAUUCCCAUGUAUAUGUCACUUGCUGGCUCAAUGGGCACCACCUCUAGAGCGCAGUAAAAUGACGACCUUUGUUUUUUCUGGUUGUUUAAUUGGUCUCUUAGUUGGGACGUCCCUAGGUGGGAUCAUCAUUGACGUAUCCGGUCAUUGGCAAAACGUCUUUUUUAUUUUUGGGAUUCUCGGUAUUGGAUGGUAUAUUUUAUGGGCAUUUUUCACCUACGAAAAUCCCUCGUCUCAUCCGUUUAUAUCCGACGAAGAAAAGCAGUACCUUCUUGACACAAUUGGUCAGCUUGAAAGAAAAAAGACAUUAGGCCCUAUACCAUGGCGGGAGAUGAUGAAGUCAAAACCUCUUUGGAGCUUAAUAAUCGCUGAAUUUGGACAUAGUUGGGCAGUUUUUGUUAUCCUAAGUGAUCUUCCAAAGUACAUGAAUGACGUCAUCCAUUUCACCAUUGCUGAGAAUGGACUUUUGUCAGCUGUCCCCAAUUUAACAGCAUGGGCAGUUUCUAUAAUUUCAAGCUAUCUGGCUGACUGGAUUCUAAAGCGGAAAUAUAUGUCGAUGAAUACACAAAGAAAAGUAUUUGCGAUUAUAGGCUGCUGGGGACCUGCACUGGGGCUGAUAAUGGUCUCUUACGCGGGCUGUGACAAACACCUCGUUAUUGUUACGAUAACUGUGGGCCUCGCUUUAAUGGGCUUUGAAUUUCCCAGUCUGAAAACCAAUACAAUCGAUCUGAGUCCCAACUACACUGCCACAAUCAUGGCGUUUGCCAAUGGGAUUGGAUGUUUUGCAGGGGUAUUCGCUCCCUAUACGAUUGGAGUUCUGACGCCGGAUAGGACUAUUGAUGAGUGGAGGAUUGCUUUUUGGAUAAUGGCAGGUAUAAUGAUCUCGACAAACUGCGCAUUUCUCCUUUAUGGAUCGGCCGAGGUCCAAUAUUGGAACGACAUGGACGAGCACACUGCUAAACUGCGAAACGAAGAGACAAGGACAGAACCAGGUUCUUGAAAUUCAUUAAGCUACUGGAAUUUAACAUAUUGAUUGGCCUGAAGUGAAAACGUCCUUUUGGCAGGAUAAAUUUAAAUAUAAAGAGUUUUGAAAAUAUUUGUAGCAUAACUUAAGACAAACUGAGUUUAGAUCGAAAAUUAGAUUUUAGUAGUCUCACUUCUGUACAUCAUCUAGUCUUAUCGUCGUAUGUGACGUGCCCCCAAGAAUUCCAUUUUCAUUGUUUUAUAAUUUUGGUCAGUGGUCUUUUUAUUUUUCUGCAAAACCUCUCAAAUUGUAAAUAUACAAGACAUUUUGAAUUAUGAUGAUUUUUGUUUCUGAAAAACGUCAGCUUAAAUGCAAGUAAAAUUGUUUGUUUCAAAUUUCAUAGAUGUGCGUGUAGUGCAUAUAAAUGAAAGACGAAACCAAAACCUUAGAGAUCUAAUUCUCAAAAAUCGAUUUUCAACAUUUCCUACAUCUUUCUAUCUAAUUUGGUCAGAGAAGUUAACAAAACCUAACGCAACGCCAAAUUAUAUCCAAUUUAGGGCGAGUGGGUUCGCAGGUUGUCACCGCUAACAAUGGCCACGUUGUGUUUUUUUAGACGUUCAAACACAGGGUAAGGUAUUUAUGGUCGAAAGAAAAAGAUAUCAUCAACAUUUUCAUAGCUUCAUUUUAAUUGUUGGAUAAACAUUGAAAUAAAUUUAUUGCACAUAUCUCUAACAGGUAAAAUAGGAUAAUUUAUACAUUAAGCAUGUAUUUGAAACUGUUGAAGUUGAACAAAAUCUUCAAAUUAUAAGGAAUCGUCCAUGACUAAAAUGACCACUAUAGGUCUUGGCUUUGUUGGUUUAUCAAAUUUCUGUCAUAAAAUUUAACAAACCUCUCAUUUUACAAUAUACUUAUGUCAAUCAACUUUAUCUCACAAUAAUACAUUUGGUAAUUACAUAGAAA